AACAAACCGAAGAUAUUGAACAGAGAUAUUAGGUACUUUGAAUUGGGUAUUAGAGAUCCCUCCUCAACCCCCCGAACGAUUCAAAUUACAAAUAUCACUUUCUAUGGGGUUGUCAUUCUGAACAACGACAACCCCAUUCCAGUUCAGAAAUACAAAGAAAAAAAAGGUGAUCCCUUUGGUUUUGCAUUGUAGAAUCAGAAACCAAACAACAUUAACAAACCCCACAUUUAUCCUUUUUUCUCUUCUUUUCACCGAUUCAUAUAUAUUAUAUACCCUUCUUUCAUUGUUCACAAUCUCAUUCUCAUUGUCGUCUCUUUCUUCUGUUGUUUUGGGAUAUGGAGGGUGAGAUUGAGAAGAAGAGCCAGCAGGAGCAGAAGAAGCAAAAAGAGUACAUAACGCAAGAAGAGUUAAGUCUCCACAACAAGCCAGGGGAUCUAUGGAUCUCAAUCCAAGGAAAAGUUUACAAUGUCACAGAUUGGGCCAAAGAACACCCUGGUGGUGAUGUUCCCAUUUUGUCCCUGGCUGGCCAAGAUGUCACAGAUGCAUUUAUAGCAUACCAUCCAGGAACUGCAUGGUCCUACCUUGACAAAUUCUUCACUGGCUACCAUCUCAAGGACUUCAAGGUCUCUGAGGUUUCAAGAGACUACAGGAACCUUGCUUCUCAGUUCUCGAAGCAUGGACUCUUUGAUAAGAAGAACCAUGUAACAUCUUUUACUUUCUUAUCGGUUUCAGUGAUGUUCCUGGUUGUGAUAUAUGGAGUUCUUUGGUGUCAGAGUGUUUGGGCCCAUUUGGGUUCCGGUAUGAUGCUUGGUUUGCUUUGGAUGCAAAGCGCUUAUGUGGGUCAUGAUUCCGGCCACUAUGUUGUUAUGACUAACAAAGGGUUUAACAAGCUUGCGCAGAUCGUUGCAGGGAACUGCUUGACUGGGAUCAGCAUUGCGUGGUGGAAAUGGACUCACAAUGCUCAUCACAUUGCCUGCAAUAGCCUUGAUCAUGACCCUGAUCUCCAGCACAUGCCGGUUUUUGCAGUCUCCUCGAGGUUCUUUAAUUCGAUUACUUCUCGUUUUUAUGGUAGGGAGUUGAAGUUUGAUUCUUUGGCGAGGUUCUUGAUUAGUUACCAGCAUUGGACUUUCUAUCCUGUUAUGUGCAUUGCUAGGAUCAACUUGUAUGUUCAGACUUUCUUGUUGUUGUUUUCAACUAAGCGGAGUGUGCCUGAUAGGGCAUUGAACAUAAUUGGGAUCCUUGUGUUUUGGACUUGGUUCCCUCUCCUUGUUUCCUGUUUGCCGAAUUGCGGCGAAAGGAUCAUGUUUGUGCUUGCUAGUUUUGCUGUUUGUUCUAUCCAGCAUAUUCAGUUCUGUUUGAACCAUUUCGCUGCAAAUGUGUAUCUUGGUAAGCCAAGUGGGAAUGAUUGGUUUGAGAAGCAGACGAGUGGGACGUUGGAUAUCAGUUGCGUGACUUGGAUGGAUUGGUUCUUUGGGGGUUUGCAGUUCCAGCUUGAGCACCAUUUGUUUCCGAGGUUGCCGAGGUGCCAAUUGAGGCAGAUUUCGCCUUUGGUACAGGCUCUCUGCAAGAAGCACAAUUUGCCUUACAGGAGUUUGUCGUUCUGGGAGGCAAAUCGGUGGACUAUUCGGACAUUAAGGAAGGCUGCUUUGCAAGCCAGGGACCUAACCAACCCUGCUCCCCAAAAUUUGUUGUGGGAAGCUGUUAAUACUCAUGGCUGAGGCACUUCAAUAUUUUUUUAUGGUUCAGAACAAUUUCAAGGUCUUUCUUAUUUUCAUUUUUAUUUUACUUUGUUUUCCUAUUGUCAGUUUGCUAGUUCCCUAAAAGCACUAAAUUGGGGAAUUGAGUUUGUUUCUAUUAGGUGUGUUGUAGAAACAAUGACCCUGCUGAUAUCACAGUGAUGUACUUUUAUUCAAUACAGAAUUUCAGAUCAGAUUUCUUUCUUA